CGUACUUGCCCUAUGUAUGACGCACAGCUGAAGCAUGAUAUGAUGGAGGAGGGGCGGCAAUGACUCGGAUUCGGAAUUCUGGGGGCUAACCCAUGCAUACAAGAGGGUAUUCCAUAUUAUACCCGCACACCUGCGUACGCACGUACACAUGUUCAGUAAACAUGGGUUGCUGGCGACCGAGAUGGGAAACUCAUGGGACUCGCCAAAUCAGGAAGGCGCGUAAUGACAGUGUUGUGGUUGAUGCGUUAUCUUGCCUUCUCAUACACCGAGGUGCUGCAUAUUCGCCUGUCCAUCCUGCAGAUAGAUUAAAAUGCUCGCCAACAAGACGUAUGCCAACCAUCGGUAUGCAGAUAUCGGCCACGGUUGGCGAGUCCUCGGCGCUGUGGAGCAUGCAGCAAACAGACAGACAGACAGACUGUGUGUGUGUGUGUGUGUGUGUGUGUGUGUGUGUGUGUCUGUGUGCUGCGACACUUGGCAUUGGCUUGACGGCUGAUAGGAUGACGAGGAAUGCAUGCUCGCAAUAUGACGGCACCCGCCGACGCGGAAAUCAAAGUGCGGCUUGUUACUCUGUGUAAUCAAUAACCAUUACACAAUCAACCUUUCCGAGGCCCGU